AUGGCUGAUUCGAACACUACCCCGCCCACCGAGCGUGACCCCGCGGCGCCGUCAAAUACGGGCGAGACACACGAGGAAAAGAUCGACGACCACAAGCCUAGAGAUAGCAAAGGCUGGGACGGGAAACUCAGAAUCGAUAAGCUGGCUCUUAAGGAAAACGGGCCAGCAGAUCCCAAAGUGGAAAUCGAAAGUGAGCCAGAGGUGUCCGACGACGAAGGCCCACCGCCAGAGCAACUUGCAGCGGACGAAGACCUGCUAGACGACGUGCCCGACGAUGAAGACGAGAUCGAGCUGGUACACUGCAAAGUUGCAGAUAUGGACUCACUGCGAUUAGAGCGGUUCACGCAAAUGAAGCGUCUCUGCCUUCGCCAAAACCGCAUAGAAGUCAUUUCAAUACCCGAAUCAGUCGCGCCCACACUACAAGAAGUCGAUCUUUACGACAACCUCAUCGCACAUAUCAAAAGCUUCGACGCUUUCACCGAGCUCACAUCGCUCGACCUGUCCUUCAACAAGAUCAAGCACAUCAAGCGGCUGAGCCAUCUCACAAAACUCAAAGACCUGUACUUUGUGCAGAACAAGAUCAGCAAGAUAGAGAAUCUCGAUGGCAUGACCAACCUGCGGCAAAUCGAACUCGGCGCAAACAGGGUGCGCGAAAUUGAAAACCUGGAGACUCUGACUGGCCUGGAGGAGCUGUGGUUGGGCAAGAACAAGAUUACUGAAAUCAAAGGCCUCGACACCCUCGCGAAUCUCAAGAUACUCUCUAUCCAGUCGAACCGUCUGCGCACAAUAACCGGCCUGCAGGGUCUCACUAGCCUCGAAGAGUUACACAUCUCGCACAAUCUUAUCACUGAAAUCUCCGGUCUCGAGCACAAUACGAACCUCAAGGUCAUCGACAUCAGCGCCAACCCGAUCGAACAUCUCACGGGUCUGGAGAGCCUCGUCCACCUCACCGAAUUCUGGGCAAGCAAUUGUAAGCUCAGCAGAUUCGACGAGGUGGAAAAGGAGCUCAAGGAUAAGGAAGAAUUGGAGACGGUGUACUUCGAAGGCAAUCCCUUGCAACGAUCGCAACCAGCACUGUAUCGUAACAAGGUACGAUUGGCGCUGCCACAGGUGGUUCAGAUCGAUGCCAGUAAGUCAUCUUCGUUGCAUACCUGA